AUGACUGACCCGCUGAAUCCAGCACGUUUGACUAACCAUCCAGCACUUGCACGAAUUAUUGAGAGUGGUAGAACAAACCUUCCGACCGGAGUAACCACAAGUGGUGCCCUUUCGGCGUAUGCUCAGAAUGCUGCUGCAAUCAUUCGAGACAAUCGUGAUAGAGAGAAAGUCGAGAUUGCAGAUUUGAACAAUCGGUUGGCUAGAUACGUGGAGAAAGUUAGAUUUCUUGAAGCCCAAAAUCGGGUCUUGGAGAAUGAUAUCGGCGUUUUCCGCCAAGCUGCGCAUAUUCAUGCUGACCGUAUUGGUGUGUACUCCGAAUCAGAGAAAAAUUCUUUGUUCAUACUUUUGAAAGAAAACAAAGCAAAAAUUUCUACUGCUGAACAAAGUAUUCGAAAACUGGAACCUGAAGUCAUUACUGCCAGGAAGAAUUUGGAAAGUUCAUUCCAGUUAAAGACGCAACUGAGAGAAGAUAAAAAAUCUCAGAUUAAAAAACUCUCCGAUCUUGAGGCAGAGGUAAACAUUCAAAACACUACUAUGAUUAGAAUUAAAUCUCAGAACGCUUAUACCAAACGUCUUACCGCCGACUGCGAAGAAGAGAAAAAUCGUUUAAGCACUGAAAUAUCUCGCAUCAGAAGUGAGAUCAAACGCGUUCAUGCAUUGAGAGACAAAGAACGUUUCAAGUACACUACCUCCGAGCAGGAACUAUUGAAACGUCUCAACGGAAGUAUUACUCAACACGAAAUUGCCAUUCGGGAAGAAAUCAAUAAAGCCAGAAGAGACACUACAGACAAAAACAGAGAUUAUUUCCACAAAGAACUGCAUGCUGCAAUGAAAGAUAUUCGAGAUCGGUUCGAGAAAGAUUCACGCACGACCAGAAAAACAUGGGAGGAUUGGUAUCAUAAGAAAAUCGUUGAAAUCAAAAAGAGCUCUGAAGCAUUCAGCUUGAAUCAGAAUCAUGCAAGAGAAGAAAUCUUACGAAUCCGGUCAAUUGUAAACGAGUUUCGUGGAAAGUUUUCGGAUGCAGAGACACUGAAUCAACAACUACUGAAGAGAAUUGACGAUCUGCACUACCAGGACAAGGAAAACCUCCGAAUGUUCGAGUUUGCACUCACCGAGAAAGAAAAUUCUGUCAUCAAAAUGAGAGAAGAAUGCACCAAACUUUCCGUGGAGCUCGACAAACUUGUAGAAAAUCAAAUUGUAAGUGAAACGUGUGUUGAUCAAUUGAUAGUAAUUUAUAUAAAGAAUCUCCGUAAUGAAAUCAUUCACUAUCGAAAAUUGAUGGAGAAUGCGGAGCAUUUGCGUACAACAACUACAAGCCAUGUCGUGAUUGAAACUCCAGCAUCUGGUCUUCGAACAACUUCUUAUCAUGCCUACGGCUCAGCUUAUGCCGAUGCCAACACUGAAAUGCAUAUUGCGCCUUGA